AUGCAGCUUAGCCCUUUGCAAUCGCGACUGGCGGCCUCGCUGGUUGCCUCACUACUGCUGAUUCUUAUCUACUAUAUGCUGUCCACGCCCACGUUCGCCCUUGCAGCUGAAGUGACCGGUGCGGCGCACCCGAUUCUGGACCACCUCCAAUUCGAUGAUUCCCUCGAGCGAAGAAGCCCCCUCGAACCUACCUACGAGCCAGAAUUUGCCGCCUUCGACCGCAGCAUCAUUGGAAGAGCCCCUCCCGGUGUAACGGGGCUCGCGAACAACGUCAAGGUCAAUCGCAACGUACCGGGCAACACGACCCAGAACUUCGUCUUCGAGGCAAUUGCAAUCUUUGCCAGCUUCUUCGAUGGCACAGAUGAAGCAUUCGUGGUGGAGCCUCGCGAGGGUAUUAAUGACUCUUUCUCGCCAGAGCUAGUACCCACGGAGGAUGAAGACCUCGAGGACGAGAGUCGCGGCCUGCGUCGCAGACAGGCUCAAGGCAGGACGGUUUAUAUCUCGGCGACGACAUGUAUACAGCCGCAGCGCGCGGCAAACAACACGAAGGAAGAUCCUCCACAGAUCACGAUGUACAUCUCGACGUCCCAGGACAAUCAGACUCCGGGACCAGGGCAGAAUUCGUCCCUGCAAAAGACUGUCAAGUUUGAGGAGGGUGCCGCUACGUUCAGUGUGAACGCGACGGGGGAUGUGUUUAUCGGAAUAGGGGCGCCGGAGAAGGACGGCAACAAGUUUACAGGAGACUGGAACUUUGACGUCGCGGCGUCGACUGACGAGUUCUUCCACAGUUUCGAUGGAAACCCCUCUGAACUUCUUUGGGUUGACAGUGACUCCAGCGCCGCUCUCUUGACCACACAGAAUCUGACAGAUUCCCAAAAUGAGACGCAGAUACAGGAGAUCAUGCAGCAGACCCCUCCGUUUGUCAUGUUUGUCGAGAACCGGGAUCACCCCACCACCAAAGGUGUGCGCCGUUCCAUGUGCGGGCUUGAGAACUACGCGCAGAUUGCGGCAAGGAAGGGCGGCAAGUUCGGUAACCUUGCAAGCACCGUCAUGACUACAAGAGGUCCAGGCAACCUGCCGAAGCAGCAGUUCUUUUUCAACGGGCUCAAUGCAAGUGCUCUCUAUACGGGCAUCCUCGUUCACACUGGCAACUCGUCGGCGUUGAAGAAGCGGCAAGACGGAGGUUCGACUGGCGGCGGCGGCCGAGUCUUUGAGGCGACGCUGUUCGAGACCAAAGACGGUGUGUGCACAGCCGGGCCUGUACACUUUGUGGGCAUGGCUGACUUGAUACCAGGGGAGAACUGUAAGAUCAUCACCGACUUGCAAUUCUGCAACGAAACAGAGUACGCCGUGCCGGCCAACUCGAACAAGAUGAACAUCACUCAGCUUGCGCAGUUCUACGACAACUACGCCAGGGACAUGUAUGCCAACUUCCAGAAGCAACUCGCCCAGGUGGCCUGCGAGGCCCCGGCAGUCCAGCGGUACUCGCUCGCUCGCAACUGCUCCGACUGCGAGAUCGCGUACAAGAAGUGGCUGUGUUCGGUAACGAUCCCUCGAUGCGAAGACUUCACGAGCCCUACCAGCUUCUCUCUUGUCCGGAAUGCCAACCAGCCGUUUCCCAAUGGCACCCUUCUCCCGAACGAUCUGCAGAACAACUACAGUGCCAGGGUUAAUCAGCAUUCGAGAAACCCCCUUAUCGAUGAGAUGAUCGAGCCGGGUCCGUACCGAGAGAUUCUCCCUUGUGCCUACCUAUGCUACGACUUGGUGCAGAGUUGCCCGGCAUCAUUGGGAUUCAACUGUCCGACGCCGAAUGACGACAUUUUCAAUUCGAGCUACGCCAUUCAAGAGGACGGCCUUCUGACCUGCAACUACCCGGGCGCGGUCCACAACCCCUCGGCGUCUCCACUAUUGUCAAUUUCGUGGGGUUUGCUGUCGGCUCUUGCUCUCGGCACGCUCAGCUUGGUCAUGCUCUGA